AUGAAGAGACAAAGCAGAGAGAUUUCCUCUAAAAGUAUGGAGGCAACAUCGUCAUCACUUGGAGAUACUCUCCCUCGACCCAUCUUCCACUUUAAAUCGAACAAAAGGGUGUAUAACUGUACCUGCAAGUGGGUGUACGAUUGGCAUAAAAGAUUGAAUUUUCCAUGUCAUCAGGCAGCUGUAUACAGUCGGCACUUUAGAAGACAACACAGCACACCUUCCAAUCUAAAGUUGUUACACUUAGGAGAAGUAGAAAAUGGAGAACCGAAAAAUAUCGAGAAAACAGAUGAACAUUAUAAAGAAUUGACAAACAGUGAAAGAGAAACGUCUGAGAGCACAGAUUCUGAGCAAAUAGAUACGGAAGAAGAAGAACCGAUACCGCUACAAAGAGGAUUGGAAGGAGACGAAGAGAUCUCAAAUGAAAAAGUAGACGUAAAUAUCGAUCAUUCGACGAAUCCUGAAGAUGAGACAGGAGAUCAAGGAAAGAUGGUUAGAGAAACCUUAUUAUACGAUAAAAGGGUUAUUUAUCUGAUAAAUAUAUUUUCUAGUCAUCAAACCUUUAAGGAUGAAAGAAAAAGAAGAUAA